CUGGUUCCACGAUAUUAGCAAACAUGGGGGCAUCGAGCUAACGACGCUAACUGUCAACCAAAGAGACACUUUCGUUGUGUGUGAAGACUUGAAUGUUGAGGGAAGACAUGUUGUGACUGAAAGUUGCCCUCCAGUCCAGUUGCAGCAGCAAUGUUGCCCUCAACCAGCGCGGCGGUCCGGUCCGCUGUCAAGCUGCUGCCGACGCAAAGUCCAGGAUGCGUCCGGUCCGCCUACAGAACCAUAUCUGUGAAACUCGGAGGUUUAAAACCCAAGACCGUUCCCCCUCGGUACCUGGGCCAGCCCAGCCCGUUCACUCAUCCACACCUCAUCAAACAUGGUGAGGUGACUCCGGGCUUGAGCCAGACAGAAUACGAGCUCCGCAGACACCGGCUGGCCUCGCUUGUCGAGGUCCAGUCUGACCGUCUGGGACCCUCGGCCUCCUCCGGCACCCAUGUGGCCGUUGUGUUGUCCCAUCCGACCCGCUACAUGACCAAUGACAUCCCCUAUCCCUUCCACCAGAACCAGGACUUCCUCUACCUCAGUGGCAUCCUGGAGCCCGACAGCGCCCUGGUCCUUUACGGGAAGGGACGACCAGACCAGGCCAUCCUGUUCGUCCCCCGCAGAGACCCGGGGAGAGAGCUGUGGGACGGGCCUCGGUCCGGGAAGGACGGGGCGGCUGCUUUGACCGGCAUAGAGCGAGUCCACAGCACAGAGGAGCUGGGAGUUGUGCUCAGGAGCCUGAAAGGCACGGUGCUGUGGUACGACGGUUCUCCGCCCGCCCACCCUCGGCUCCACCAGGCUCACGUGGGUCCCGUGUUGGAGGCGGGGCCGAUGCCGCACUCUCUCAGGCCCCUCAUUCACUCUCUAAGGGCCCUCAAGAGCUCCGCAGAGGUAGCGCUCAUGCAGGAAGCGGGUCACAUCACAGCACAGUCCUUGUCGUUCAGGCUUUCAGGAGGACGAUGGCUCUGUCUCAAGGGGACGUGGACGAGGCGGUGCUCUUUGCUAAGUUUGAUUAUGAGAAUCGUGUCCAUGGCGCCAACUUCCUGGCCUACCCCCCUGUCGUUGCUGGAGGGAAUCGAGCCAACACUCUGCACUACAUCAACAACAACCAGAUCAUCAAGGUACAGAAAGGAUGGUGAGAUGGUGCUGCUGGAUGGUGGCUGUGAAUACUUUGGUUACGUCAGUGAUGUCACUCGAACAUGGCCAGUGAAUGGAAAAUUCAGCCCGGCACAGGCGGAGCUGUACGAGGCCGUGCUGGAGGUCCAGCGCUCCUGUUUGUCUCUGUGCUCCCCGGGCGUCAGUCUGGACCACAUCUACAGCACCAUGCUGGCUCUGCUGGGGCGGCAGCUCCGGCAGCUCGGCCUCGUCAAAGCCGGCACCGGUGACGCCGAUGUACUAAAGGCUGCACGACGGUACUGCCCCCACCAUGUUGGGCAUUACCUGGGCAUGGACGUCCACGACACUCCCGAGACGUCCCGCUCACAACCUCUCCAGCCAGGAAUGGCCAUCACGAUAGAACCAGGGUUGUACAUCAGCCAGGACAACGACCAGGUGCCGGAGCGUUUCCGCGGCCUGGGCGUCAGGAUCGAGGACGACGUGGUGAUUCGGGACGUGGGAGGCCCUCUGAUUCUGUCCCGUGACGCGCCGAAGACCAUCGGUGACGUAGAGAAGGCCUGCGCCCCGAGGUAGGGCGGGGAGAGACCGGCGAGUGAGCCCCGACAUCGGUGGCAGGUUGAGUGCUGUGUGUCUCCGUGGCGAUGACGUCAACAGGCGCCCAGGUGCGUGAAAGGUGGGAGAAAACUGUGAGACUCUUGUUAUUGGUCUCAGUGAGGCUUUAAAGAAUGUAGAAACAUCGUGGUUCAGAGAAACCAGUUUCACGGUCAUAGUUUCCAACAGUGAACGACGGUGAAGAACUCAACAUUAAAAAAAGGGUUUACAGAGUUACGGUGAAGCUUUGGAGCUCACGCACGUAUUCUACCCGGUAACUGACGUAUUCCUGCUCAACAAUGUUUGCUACAGCACAUUCACAAAGAGACUAAUCUUUAUCAUGUAUAACACUUCUCGUGUUGUGAAAUCUAAUGCUGGACCGUGAUCACAGGUAUUUUCAGCUGCGGCCCCAGUGGUUAGAUCCCGCAGCCAUGGAAACAUUUUCAUUAUUAAAACCUCUCCACACCAUGUUUUGCAGAAUUGCCACAAUCGUGGCACACCAGGAUAUAAUUAUGUGUUUGUUGUCUCUCUCAAAAAGGUACGAACACUUAAUUAGUUUCUUGCACACAAAUCAUUCUCCCCUCGCUCCGAUGUUGAACUCACUCACUGAGCUGCAGGAAGGACCAGUUCAUGGCAAAUUAACAGACGAGUGAUGAAUAAAGAUGAAUCUGUCUUCAACCGCUGCGCCCCACAAGCCUGGAAAGGGUUGGAAAUGACUGUAAAAGUGCUCACUGAAAAGAGUUUGUGCGUGUUGUGUGUUCAAGCGAGAGAAAAUAUGAUUUAUUACUUUUUUUAAAUUUAUUUGUGUGUAUUUUAAAUGAUUUCAUUCUUUCCUUUUCAAUACAAAUGCAUGCCUUUUUUCUUUUUGCUGACAAAAGAUAGAAACAAGUUGAAGAAUGUAGGCUGAAUAAUUAAUGGGUGGGUGGAGGACUUCGUACUAAACUCUGUAACAUACUCCAUAUAUCGGCGUUUAGUUGUUAGGUGUUCAAAGUACCAGAAGGAGUUGAACAAAUUCAACCUUAAAAAAAAAGAAGACACUGUAACUCUCAAAAUGCUUGUUUCUGAUUGGCUCGCAGGUGUAACAAAUAUUUGUCAAGACAGCUCAAGCAUACUUCAGGGCAAUAUUUGAACCACCGUUGUAAAUCAGAGCAGACGACAGAUAUCCAAAGCAACGGUGCUUAUUUUACACUACAUUUCCAGUUCAACUUGUUAAGAUAUGCUUUUUAAAUAUUAGGAUAUAAUGAAAGUUAAGCACAAGUCGGAAUUUAUCAGUCGAGCUGAGUUAAAUAUGGUUGUUUAUUUAUAAGGUGAACUAGUUGAAUGGAGGUUUCAGUGGAUCCUAGUAUUAAAACAACCGGAUCUUAUGGUGAGUCAAUAUCGUGACGAAACAUUCACUUCAAGCAACUCAACAAAAAGUUGAUUGAAAAGCACAAGUUGGGAUUGAUACAAUGACUCUUUCAAGUCUCUGAGUAUCAAAUACCAAAUAUGUAUUAAAUACAAACUUGGAGGGUAUAAAAAUGUAUGCAAACACGUGUGCAUUAUUUUGUAUGUCAGAUGAUUUGCCAUAUUGGGUGUUGAGAGUACCAAGUCCUACUGCUGUGUUAUCAGACAGUUUUGAACGACUGUAGAGUAAAUAUUAUUAGUAGAAAUGUAAGUAAAAGUACAUAAAAGUUGUACCUAGUGUGUGUGUCAGCUGAGUAAACUGCUGUAUAGCAGAGGAUUGGAGCACCACUGCCCCCUACAGGCUGAACUCGGCCACUGCCGACGGAGCGCGGCUCCGGUUUCCGGACAAUCCCGAACACCUACGAAGACAACCUCCCCUGUUCUUCCCUUUCCUCCCUCCCUCCCUCCUCCCCUUCACGCCUAAUGUUGCUGUACCUUCAACCCUCCCCCCGUAUCAGGAGUAGAAACAACAAGCCGCCAUUUUGUUUGUGCGGACAGACCGUCAGAAACAGGAGGAGAUAACCGAGAGAAGGAGCGACUCCGACGGCCGACGGCAGUCACUCCGGGACCCAGCGGAGAGCGAGAGAGUGGCGGCGGCGGAAUCCUGUCCGUGUUACCGGGAGAGAGGAAGCACCACCGAAAAGAUAAGGCGACAGCGGAGGGAAAACCGAGUCGGCGAUAAAUAAAUAUAUAUAUAAUUAUU